CGACCCUGCAGAUACCUCAUCUUUGAUCAAGCAGAUUAUUUGAGAAUCUCUAUCCGUCAAAAUGGUUAAGACUUCAGUUCUCAACGAUGCGCUCAACGCCAUCAACAACGCCGAGAAGGCCGGAAAGCGUCAAGUUCUCAUCCGCCCAUCCUCCAAGGUCAUCGUCAAGUUCCUCGGUGUCAUGCAAAAGCACGGCUACAUUGGAGAAUUCGAGGAGGUUGAUGACCACCGUUCCGGAAAGAUCGUUGUUCAAUUGAACGGCCGUCUUAACAAGACCGGUGUUAUCUCCCCAAGAUACAACGUCAAGAUUGAGGAUUUCGAGAAGUGGGUUGUCAAGCUUUUGCCAUCCCGUCAAUUCGGACACAUCGUCCUCACCACCUCCGCUGGUAUCAUGGACCACGAAGAGGCUAGACGCAAGCACGUUGCCGGAAAGGUCCUCGGUUUCUUCUACUAGACGAAAAAUACCAAAAAGGAACACAGAUUAUCAUGAGAAACGUAGCCAUCUAGGGGACCCAGCUUCCG